CCCUAGCCUAUCCUGUCCAAUCCACCAAUCCUCCUCGCCGGUGCCACUCUCUCCAUCGGGAUCCCUCCCGAUCCACCACCUCCCCUUGUUUUCAGCACCAAACCAAUCCCGCAACCACCUCCCGAUCCAAAUCCUCCCCGACCAAUUCCCUUGAUUUCCGCCGCCGCCUAACCAUCGAAGCCUGCAGCCUCCUCCUCCCACCUUGGGAUCAUCUCCCGGCCAACCCGAGCUUCUCCCUUGCCCGAUGCACACCAUCCUCGCCUCCGGGGUCCUGCCGUCCCCGAGCACGCGAGCCACCGGAGAGCUCCGUCCCUUCCAGCGACCUCCACGCAACAGCUCGUCGCCGGGGAGCACCUCCAGCUCGAGGGACCAACCAUGGCGCCCCGUGAAGCUCUCCUCUAUAGCCGCAUCGUCGAAUGCCGCCUCCAACGAUGGACCCGUCCUCCUCCCAUUCCCCUGCUUCGGGUCUGGUGCUCCACACCUCCCCUUGUGCUUGCGGCCUCCCAUUCGACGCCAUGGCGCGAGCACCGGAGCUCUGCACGCCACAAGCCGCGACCUCCCCGUCCACACCCGCUGCUGCUGCCUUCCCGUCGUCAUCUUCAAGCUCGCUCCUGCCGCGUCCUCGACCUUCCUCGCCCGCAUCCGCCGCCGCGCCGUCCCGGAGUCCCGCGCCCCUGCCAAGCCCGCCACCUGACGCCGAGCGCCGCCGCAGCCGGACGCCCCGCGGCAUCGACCUGCUAUCAGCGCCGACGCAUCCUCUGCUUCGAUCGCCUGGAUGCAGCCGCUCGCCCCGUUGACCGCGCGAGCCUCGUCAGCGCCUCUCUGCCUCGCUGGCCAAGGCCCAGCCUGCUCCAGCUCCUCAACCGGCCUGCUACCUCCUCCACCGACCGGGCCAAGAGCCCAUGGUGAGCCUCUUCCUGUAGCCCCAGCCGCUGCCCUGUUCCAGAUUCAGCCCAUCUCAUGUUUUUUUCCCUGGACGAAUUUGUCUAUUAUCCAGUGUUUUACAGUUUUGCAGAAAACCCCUCAUACAUCAUGCAUAUAAUAACUUCACAACUAUGCAUCAUAUGUAAAUAAUAUAUAUGCAAAAUGCUUAGAAUUUUAUCUAGUUUCAUAAUAUGCUGCUUUCAUCCAUGUUUAAAAUGUGUAACUUGCUGUUUGCAUUAAUUUGCAUAAAUGCCAUGCUAAAAUGCUUUAUUUCAUAACUAAUUAACCGUAGCUCCGAAUUUAAUAAACUUUAUAUGUAAAUGGGGUAGGAAAAUGCAUAGAUUAACAUGAUGCACUUUAUUUCCCUGUUUAACAACAUUAAAUUGGUGUUUUAGUCCCAACAGUACCAACUUUGAAAUAUGAUUAUGGGGAUUUUCCGGAAUUGUUGUUUGUUACUUCCGGCCUCAUUUAAACUUGCCUAGAUAGGUAGUUUCAUUAUGCUUCAUCUCUUGCCAUGUUUAACAAUAUUUAAUAUUGCUGGGUACAUAAAGGAGAGAGAACUAAAUAAUUGAUGUGGUGUUUCGUCAAUAUGCAACUCAUUGCAUAUUGAGCUCCACUUAAUUUGUAGUAUUGUUUGUUGCACUUGGCUUUGCCAUGCUUUUAAACCGGAUAUGCAUCAUACUUGUUUGUGCAUCAUGCCAUAUUUAUGCUUGUGUGUUUACCAUGUUGUUUGCUUCUUUCCGGUUUGC